GUGUCAUAUAGAUGCUUGUGGAUUCCAACUACAGUUACCGUCUCCAACGCCUCCCUUCCAAGUCUGACAGAUGCAUGUCUCAAAGCCGUCACACUCGCCUCUGACUCGCCGCAUUAUACAGCGGUUUUCUGGGGGACCGACGCGCCGAUCGACGCACGCUGCAGGGUUCCCGCUUUCACAGCUGGACCGUGCGUCCGACGUUCCCCAAUUGGCGCUGGCGGAUGAGGUUGCAUGCAAGCUCGCACUUUCCACCUCGUCCACACGACGAGUGAGUGAGCCACCCUUCCCGACCACCACACCUCCACCCACCUCCCCCUCAACCCCCUCCCUUCUCCGCCAUCACACUCCCCGCCCACUCACACCCAGCCAGCUGGUACCCUCGUCACGACACGAGGUCGGCUGCUCGCGAGGGCUGGCUUAAGCCUCAGGCUCGUCGGACGAGCUUCGCGGCGUCGAUUGUGGUCGUGAGGCCCGGGUGCUCGCCUGCUGCGGCCGCUUGCCCUUACGCCUCACUCCCACCUCACUGUCGCUUCAUCCACCCCGCCUCCCACCUCUUUUAUCGGGCGUUCGACCCGGCUUCAGUCAUGUCGACAGCCACGGUCAAUGGCGCGGACG